AUGGGCGUAGUCAUCCGAGAAAGGGGAACUGACCCUGCUGUUGCUGGCCCAAAUGCCGCCAACAUUGUAGCCGCCCCACCAAACGCUGCUGCUGGAGAGGUGAACUUGGAGCACCAACAAGGCUUCAAAAGAGAUGCAGACCAGUACAUGCCAAUAGCCAAUAUCACCCGCACCAUGCGGCGCGUCCUCCCCACUCAUGCAAGAAUCGCCGAUGACGCCAAGGAAGCUAUACAAGAAUGCAUCUCCGAGUUCAUCAGCUUCAUCACCGCCGAGGCUAAUCGGCGGUGCCACAACGACUAUCGGAGAACCGUCACUCCGGAGGACGUGCUGGCUGCAAUGGCCUCGCUAGGUUUCAACAACUAUUUGGAGCCGCUCACAGUUUUCCUCACCAAUCACCGCGCGCAGAACCUCUGA